UUUUUAAAUGUUGUAAUCUUUUAUUUUUCACAACUUUUUAUCGCUAAUGUUUGUGCAUGUCCGUUUCUUUUAUGAUUAUUUAAUUAAUUUACACAAAAUAAAUUUUUUUAAAUAUUUGGCGUUUUAAUUCACACUGAUUCAAAACUUUUUACAAAGAUAAAUCUAUUUUCUACUUAUAUGAUCGAUCUAAAAUUAAAAUUUAAAAGUAAAAAUCUAAAAAGAAAAACUAAAAGUUUUUAUUUUAAUUAUAUUAUAUUAUUAUAUGGUACAGAGUAAUUAAGAAAUAUUUGGAAAUAAAAGACAGCUAAAAAAGAUGUCAUCAGUCUGUAAGAAUUGUGGUAGCACAGAUAUUGACAGAGACCAAACUCGGGGGAAUGCAGUUUGCACUCAGUGUGGUGUUGUGGUUGAGGAUCAAAUCAUCGUGUCAGAGAUUCAAUUCCAGGAGAAUGCAACAGGGGGAGCUUCUGUCAUUGGCCAGUUUGUCAGCUUUGAAAGCAGACACAACAGCGCUGGUGGUUCGCGAAACUAUGGCAGAGAUUCAAGACAUGUCACCCUUCAAAAUGGAAAGAAUCGAAUUCAGAAACUGGCUUCAAAUUUGAAUUUGAGUUCCCAUUGUGCGGACAUGGCAUACAACUUCUUUAAGCUGGCAGUAAGUAAGAGUCUGACUAAAGGUCGAAGGUCAAUUCACGUUGCCGCUGCUUGCCUUUACAUCGCCUGCAGGACAGAAAAAAAGCCUUUGAUGCUGCUAGACUUCAGCGAUAAACUUGGUACAGAUGUUUACACAUUGGGUCACACCUACCUCCAACUAUCAAAAGAUUUGUACAUCGCUAUACCAGCCAUCGUUUGUAACAUCGAGAGUAUGCUUUCAAGUUGCAAUUUGCCCGAGAAGACCUUGGAAGUUGCCGGACUGCUAACAAGGUUGGUCGGUCGGAUGAGUCGUGAUUGGAUGGUGCAAGGCAGGAGACCGUCAGGCAUCUGUGGAGCAGCACUGCUGGUGGCAGCUCGCAUUUUUGAUUUCAAUCGAACUAUCAAGGACAUGAUGAAAGUUGUCAGGAUUGGCGAGCAGACCAUUAAAAAGAGAUUGCUUGAAUUUGAGAAAACCCCGUCAAGUAAGCUGACAGUUGAAGAGUUUCACACGAUAAAUUUGGAAGAGACCAUGGACCCACCGUGCUUCACAGAGGGCAAGAAGAAGGCGAAAUUACUUGAGCUGGAAGAGAAUGGUGUCCUUCCUGAAUUGUUAGAAGAAGCGGAAGAACUAAGGAUUCAGUUGGAUGCAGCCAUUCAAGAAAUGAUCAGCCGAAAAAAUAUAAAGUACAGAAAGUUCAAGAACAGCUUUCAUAAGGGAGCCGAGGAUGAUGUUGACGUUGCCUACGACGAUGACGAUAGCAAGGCAGUAGACUGGUGCACCGAUGCCCCUUCUACAAACGAACUUGAUGAAGAACUUGCUCACUACCAGAAUCUGCUCGGUGACGAUACAGCUACUCCAGCUACUACAACUACUACAGCUGCUACUACAGCCACUAAUGAGAGUUUUGAUAUAGUAGACCAAGACAUCGACAGUCUGAUGGCCGCCGAGUUAGACCAAAUAUUAGGCAACAACUACAGCAGCAAUAUUAACGACAGCAGCAGCAGCUAUAACAACGUCGAGACGAAUGACGCUAGGAAUAACCUGCAGUACCACACAAGCCUUGGUCUGAAGGAGUCCAUUGAUGAAUGUCUACAGAGGAGCAAGAAAGAUGAUGAUAAUGACGAGGGAGGUGCUGACUCGAAAAAUAACAUCGAACUGGAAAACAAUGGGGAGUUAGAUCUGACCGGUCUCGAUGAUGAUGAACUUGAUGAAAUGAUCCUAAACAGUGAUGAGGUGCGAAUUAAAACUGCCAUCUGGAUGAGAGAAAAUGCUGAUUUCUUGAAAGAAAUGAAAGAGAAAGAAGAGAGGAAGGCCAAAGAACUGCUUGAAAAUCCUGAACCUCUCAAGAAGAGACGGAAAUCUCGAAAAUGCAAAUCAAAAGUGCAAGCUCUGACAGCAAAGGAGGCCAUAGAAAAAAUUGUCCAUGAAAAGAAGUUAUCGAACAAAAUCAACUACGACGUCCUCAUGGACUUCAACCUAUGUAAGAUGGAGAGGAAGCCGAACGUAAAUGCAAUGGACGCUGGACGAGGUGACGACGGAGUUCGACUGCAAAGCGAGAAUGUUAUCGUCCUCGAUAAUGACGAUGCCGAUUGCGCCUGCAAGGCUAAAAAACUAAAACUUGAAGAGACCAAGAAAGUAGAUGAAGCACCAGCGAAAAAGGAUGGUGGUAGUGAUUUGCCAGUGCAGGAAUUCAAAUCUAAUAAUAUAUCAGACGGGGAAAUGGAUAAUGACGAGUUUUUCUUUGAUAAUGAAAUAGAACACGCAACAAGUGAACAACAAAAUGCGUGUAAGCCGCUUUGGUUUACGAUGUGGAGAACGAUGAUGACUACUACGACUCCGAUUAAUUCAACUCUUUCUAUUACACCUUCUCUCUUUCUUUCUUUCUAUCUCUACUCUCUUCUCUUCCAUAGCACUUUAUUAUCUCUAAAAUUUCCAUGUGUACAUUUUAGUGUAAAUUUUUUGCUUUCAAAUGAAUUUUAAUCGAAAAAUAAAAGACGGUUUUAGCCGUUAGAA